AUGGCGCAGGCGGACGGCGGACGGCGGGAAGCGGGGGAUGCUGGGGAAGCGGAGAAGCCGCGGGCGGGGGUGGACGUGGUGAAUCCGAGCCUGGAUGGACGAACCUCUGCCGAACCUGACGAUCCCGCUUUUCGCGCUCUGUUUACGACGCACAAGGAGCAUCUGACGUGGACUGACUCAGGCCGCUUGCGCUGCGCGCUGACUGGUCACGAGUUCCUUCCUACCCACGAGUCGCUUAAGCGACACGUGGCAAGCAGAAUCUUCGCCAAAGCGGCGGCGUCGCUCGCGCUCCGGAAAUUCGAGCCGCACGUCGUGCAGUCGCCGGAUAAUCCCAACAAGCUGCUGUGCACGUUGACCAACAAGCUUAUACAGAAAUCGGAGGACGCUGUAUGGAAGCACAUGAUGGGCCACAAAUUCCAAAAGCAACUCACCAAGAAGGAGCAGGAGGCGGCAGCGCGGAGGGCGGCCAGAAGGGCAGAGCUGGCCGCAGCAAGCCAGCCUGUGACUGGGGGGACGGACGUGGGGGGGGGUGCUGAGGAAGGUCGGGGGGGAGAGGAAGGGGAGGAGGGGGAGGAGGUGGAAGAGGGGGAGGAGGUGGAAAAGGGGGAGGAGGUGGAGGAGGGGGAGGUGGUGGAGGAAGGGGAGGAAUGGGAGGAGAUAGAUGAAGCGAGUGUGGAAAGGGAGAUUACUGAAGAAAAAGCAGAGUGCAGUGAAGGGGAAACAGAGGACAGUGAGGAGGACAGUGAGGAGGAAGAGGGGGAGGAGGGGGAGGAAAUGGAGGGGGAGGAGGGGGAGGGGGCGGCGGAAAGGGUGGAGGGUGAAGAAGAGGAAGAUGGGGCAGAGUUUUGGAUGCCUCCUGUAGGCGACAGGUGGGACGGGGAUGAUGGGGGUGAUCGAUGGGGCAGCAGAGAGGAGCGGAGGGAGGCGAAACGGAAACGGCGAUCUGAAGAGGAGGAAGUGGGGGAAGAUGAGGAAGAAGACUCAGAGGACGAGGAGGAAGAGGAGGGAGAGGGGGAGGAAGAGGAUGAUGGGGAGGGGGGGGAGGAGGAGGAUGAGGAUGCGGGGGAUGAAGAGGAGGAGGAGGAUGAGGAUGAGGAAGAUGAGGAAGAAGCAUUGUUUUGGAUGCCUCCUCCAGGUGACAGGUGGGAUGGGGAUGACGGGGGUGAUCGAUGGGGCAGCCGGGAGGAGCGGAGGGAGGCGAAGCGGAGGCUCAGUCAAAAGCAAGAGGAGCAGGGGGAGGGGAGUGAGGAGGGUGAGGAGGACGGAGAGGAGGAAGGAGAGGAGGGGGAGGAGCAGGAAACAGCUUCACAGGCCACUAGAGCAGCAGAAAGCAAUAGGCGUAAGCGUAGAAAAAAGGGGAGGGGCCGUUGUUGA